AGUGUAAAAGAGAGUGUCAAGUGGGGCGGUCGCGUCGUCGUGCGGUCGGGUGGGUCUUACUCGUUUCGUAUUCUUAUAACUUGUGCACUUUAAUAGACCACCUUGAAUGCGUUGUUCGAGUCGUUACAACCGCCGGGGCCAACAGAGUUCACUGCCAGCCUGACCACUCAACGCAGGUCAUUGUCGUGAGACAACCGACGCAGAGGAUUAAAAAUAAUGCUGCUUUUACUAAUAAUAACAACGUCAGUAUGUGUAUCAUUGCACAGUACACGUCUCGCUGAGGCAGUCACAGUGAAGAGAAAUGUGGCGGCUGAUCCAGUUGUUAUUCAAGUACGGGAAGAAAAUGAACAUAGGAAAAAUCCAGUUGAGGCGGUUAAACAUUCACGCACCAUCAAGAUAGUAGGCGACAAAUUCGUUGUGGACGGAAAGCCGCUGCAGAUAGCAUCUGGGUCGCUGCACUACUUCAGGCUGCCCGCUGAGUACUGGCGGGAUCGGUUGCGGAAGCUUAGAGCAGCUGGGCUCAACUCCGUCUCAACCUAUGUGGAGUGGAGCUACCACGAGCCUGAAGAACGAAUGUACUCGUUCGAGGGAGACCGUGAUAUCGUACAAUUUAUUCGAAUUGCCGCGGAGGAGGGUCUGCACGUGCUUCUCAGACCUGGACCUUACAUCUGCGCUGAACGGGACCUAGGCGGGCUACCAUAUUGGCUUCUUGGAAAAUAUCCCAAUAUAAAGUUAAGAUCAACAAAUGCAGAUUUUAUGGAAGAAAGUAAAAUAUGGUUAAAUAAACUUUUUGGACUACUGACCCCAUUGUUAUAUUCAAACGGCGGCCCUAUUAUUCUAGUCCAGGUAGAAAAUGAAUAUGGUAGUUACGGCAGUAACUCACAGUAUAAGAGCCAGCUAUAUAAUAUAUUUAAAGAGCACGUGGGGGAUGCUGCGAUACUCUACACUACAGAUGGAAACGUUAACAGUACCAUCCGAGGCGGAGCCAUCAACAAUACGCUUACUACAGUCGAUUUCGGGCCCAAACAAGAUGUCGACGCUGCAUUUCGACCGUUGCGCCUUUUCAUGCCCGAGGGGCCUUUGAUGAACUCAGAAUACUACUCAGGGUGGCUCACACAUUGGGGUGAAGCAUUCCAGAGAGGUUCAACCAACUCAAUAAUCAAAACUUUACGAAGUAUGCUCGACAAGAAAAUUAAUUUUAAUUUUUACAUGUUUUUUGGAGGAAGCAACUUUGAAUUUUCAGCAGGUGCAAACUACUUCAGUAUUUAUCAGCCUGAUAUAACAUCCUACGAUUACGAUGCACCAUUAUCUGAGGCAGGUGACCCGACGCCAAAAUACUUUGCUAUACGCGAAUUAUUGCACGAGUAUGGUUUUGAGGCACCACAUUUGCAACCUCCAGACGAAUCUUUAAAAGGAGCUUACGGACCAUGGUCAAUGGAGAAACAAUAUGGACUAUUAACGGACAAAGGGCGCUCGUCCUUAAGCAAAAAAUACAAAGAUGUUUAUGGUUCUCUGUUACCAACGUUUGAAUUACUGAGACAACGCAGUGGAUUAAUGCUUUAUGAAAUUACUUUAAGCGAAAAUCGUCAAGGGUUACUUCAUAUCAGUGAUCCAAGAGAUCGAGUAUAUGUUUAUGUUAAUAAUGAACUCCGUGGCAUAAUAAGCAGAAUGCACAAAAUAUUUUCGUUGCCCCUCGUAACUAAAUCCAAUGACACAUUGUCAUUGCUCGUAGAAAAUCAAGGGCGUAUUAAUUACGGCGCCAUGCUGCAUGAUUACAAGGGAUUACGAUAUGUAUUAUACAACAAUCGCAGUCUGGAUGGGCGUUGGACGAUAACGGGAUUUCCUCUAGAAAAUCUUCCAUUAUCUGAAGCAAAGCAGAACAAUCAAAAAGACGCAAAUAGCGGACCUGCGCUAUACGAAGGCACAUUCACUUUACCAGCUGGACUGUAUCCACUAGACACAUAUUUGGACACCACGGGUUGGGGAAAGGGUUACAUUUGGGUGAAUGGCCAUAAUCUCGGCAGAUACUGGCCAGACGUAGGCCCACAGGUGACACUAUAUCUACCUGGCGUUUGGCUUCGAUCGGCACCUGCCGUCAAUCGAAUUCAGAGCGAAAUGUCCGGCGAAGAGUUGAAAAGUGAAAUAGGGCCACCAUGCAGCCUCGUGCUAGCGGAUGGCUCUGUCUUCCUGGGGAGGAGCUUUGGAGCCCAAGUUCCUUCAGAGGGAGAAGUAGUAUUUCAAACGGGCAUGGUGGGGUAUCCGGAAUCAUUGACAGAUCCAUCAUAUCAUGCACAGCUAUUGGUUUUAACAUACCCUCUUGUUGGAAACUAUGGGGUACCUGACGAAGAAGAUCACGAUGAACAUGGAAUUCCCAAAUGGUUCGAGUCAAAUCGUAUUUGGGCAUCAGGUUUGAUAGUAGGGGAAGUCAGCACAAGUGCGUGUCAUUGGCGCGCAAAACGUUCUCUUGGAUCUUGGCUGGCGUCCCGAGGAGUCCCUGGCCUGUGCGAUAUAGAUACAAGGGCAUUGACUUAUCGCUUAAGAGAAGGUGUUACACUAGGUCGCAUAAUACAAGGCGAGCCACCAUUUGGACCGCUUCCCCCUCUCUCUGACCCUAAUAUAAGAAAUUUAGUUGCUGAAGUAUCGACAAAGGAAACAAGGAUUUACAAUCUUAAAGGAGACGUUACUAUUGUAGCUGUAGACUGUGGUUUAAAAUAUAAUCAAAUCAGGUGCUUAAUAAAAAGGAAUGCAAAAGUAGUUUUAGUACCAUGGGAUCAUAAAAUAGAGCCAAAUACUUACGAUGGCUUAUUCAUAAGUAAUGGUCCUGGUGACCCCAUUGUUUGCAAAAAAGUUGUUGAUAAUCUUAAAGAAGUUAUUGCAAACAAAAAUAAUGUGAAACCUGUAUUUGGAAUUUGUCUUGGGCACCAACUGUUAUCAACAGCUGCGGGCUGCAAAACUUUUAAAACUAAAUAUGGUAAUCGUGGACAUAAUUUACCAUGUACCCACAACGGAACAGGAAGGUGUUUUAUGACCUCCCAAAACCAUGGAUUUGCAGUUGACGUAGAUUCGAUACCCUCAGAUUGGAAAGUAUUGUUUACAAAUGAAAAUGAUAAAACAAAUGAGGGAAUCAUACAUAAAAAACUCCCGUUUUUCAGCGUUCAAUUUCAUCCAGAACACACCGCUGGCCCUACUGAUUUAGAAUGUUUGUUCGAUGUAUUUGUAGAUAGCGUAAAAUCCUUCAAAAAUAAUAAGCCAGUAGUCAUUGAUGAAUUGAUCAACACUAUUCUACACUUUACACCUUCUUUACAAGAACGCCCUAAAAAAGUUUUAAUCCUAGGUUCUGGUGGUUUAUCUAUAGGUCAGGCAGGUGAAUUUGAUUACUCAGGAUCUCAAGGUGUAAAAGCUUUACAAGAAGAAAAAAUUCAAACUGUAUUAAUAAAUCCUAAUAUUGCUACCGUUCAAACUUCGAAAGGUCUUGCAGACAAAGUAUACUUCUUGCCUAUUACCCCUGAUUAUGUAGAACAAGUAAUUAAAGCUGAACGACCUACAGGAGUACUUUUAACAUUUGGUGGUCAAACUGCCUUAAAUUGUGGAGUAGAAUUAGAAAAGUCGAAAGUAUUUCAAAAGUACAACGUAUCUGUUUUGGGGACACCAAUAAAGUCCAUAGUAGAGACAGAAGACAGAAAAAUGUUUGCAGAAAAGAUUAACGAAAUAGGAGAAAAAGUUGCACCAAGUGCAGCUGUGACUUCAAUAGACGAGGCUAUUUCUGCUGCCAAACAAAUAGGUUAUCCAGUAAUGGCACGAUCAGCAUUCUCUUUAGGAGGUUUGGGUUCAGGAUUUGCAAACAAUGAAGACGAACUUAGAGCACUCGCACAUCAAGCUCUCUCUUAUUCCGAUCAACUGAUAAUUGACAAAUCAUUAAAAGGUUGGAAAGAAGUGGAGUACGAAGUUGUUCGGGAUGCGUAUGACAAUUGCAUCACAGUGUGUAAUAUGGAAAAUGUUGAUCCGCUUGGUAUACAUACGGGAGAAUCUAUAGUUGUUGCUCCAAGUCAAACACUCUCCAAUAGAGAAUAUUAUAUGUUACGAAAUACGGCCAUAAAAGUCAUAAGACAUUUUGGUAUAAUUGGAGAAUGCAAUAUUCAGUAUGCACUUAAUCCAAAUUCAGAAGAAUUUUAUAUUAUUGAAGUUAAUGCUAGACUUUCAAGGAGCUCGGCACUAGCUAGCAAAGCUACUGGUUAUCCUCUGGCCUAUGUAGCAGCUAAACUGGCAUUAGGCAUUCCGUUACCUAUUAUUAAAAAUUCUGUUACUGGUGUGACUACAGCUUGUUUUGAACCAAGUUUGGAUUAUUGUGUGGUCAAAAUUCCUAGAUGGGAUUUAGCUAAAUUUAAUAGAGUUAGUACGAAAAUUGGAAGUUCUAUGAAGAGUGUUGGAGAAGUGAUGUCGAUUGGUAGAAGUUUCGAGGAAGCUUUUCAAAAAGCUUUAAGAAUGGUUGAUGAAAAUGUAAAUGGUUUUGACCCUAAUAUUAAGAAAGUCAACGAGGAUGAACUUCGUGAACCUACGGACAAACGAAUGUUUGUAUUAGCAGCGGCCCUUAAGAAUGGUUAUAGUUUAGAAAAAUUAUACACACUAACAAAAAUUGACCGAUGGUUCCUUGCAAAAUUUAAAAAUAUAAUUGAAUAUUACAAAACACUUCAGGCUGUCGAUAGCAGUACGAUUACCUCAGAAAUAUUAAAAAAAGCAAAGAAGAUAGGAUUUUCAGAUAAGCAGAUAGCUGCUGCUAUAAAAAGCACAGAAGUAGCUGUAAGGAAAUUACGCGAAGAAUUUAACAUUACCCCAUAUGUUAAACAAAUUGAUACUGUUGCUGCUGAAUGGCCAGCUUCAACAAAUUAUUUAUAUUUGACAUACAAUGGAAGCACCCAUGAUUUGGAGUUUCCUGGUGAAUAUACAAUGGUUUUGGGAUCAGGCGUAUAUAGAAUUGGUAGUUCUGUAGAAUUCGAUUGGUGUGCCGUUGGUUGUUUAAGAGAAGUUAGAAAUCAAGGCAAGAAAACAAUAAUGGUAAAUUAUAAUCCUGAAACUGUAAGUACUGAUUACGACAUGAGUGACAGAUUAUACUUUGAAGAAAUAUCCUUCGAGGUGGUUAUGGAUAUUUAUAAUAUAGAAAAACCAAAUGGAAUAAUUUUGUCGAUGGGUGGACAGUUGCCAAAUAAUAUUGCCAUGGAUCUACAUCGCCAACAAGCUACCAUAUUGGGCACUUCCCCCGACAUGAUAGACAACGCAGAAAACAGAUUUAAAUUUUCGCGAAUGUUAGACCGGAAAGGUAUUCUUCAACCCAGGUGGAAAGAACUAACUGAUCUGGAAUCUGCUACACAGUUUUGCGAAGAGGUAGGAUUUCCUUGUUUGGUAAGGCCUUCAUAUGUUCUUAGUGGUGCAGCAAUGAAUGUAGCACAUUCAAAUCAGGAAUUGGAAACCUAUCUUAAAUCAGCAAGUUUAGUUAGCAAAGAUCAUCCUGUAGUGAUAUCUAAAUUCAUAAUGGAUGCAAAGGAAAUAGAUGUAGAUGUUGUGGCCGCCGAUGGUAUCAUAUAUUGCAUGGCUGUUUCUGAGCACGUCGAAAAUGCUGGCGUACACUCUGGAGAUGCAACUUUAGUCACCCCACCACAAGACAUUAAUGAACAAACAUUAGAAAAAAUUAAAGAAAUAUCAGGUAUUAUAGCGGAAACACUCGAUGUGACAGGACCAUUUAAUAUGCAACUAAUAGCAAAAGAUAACGAAUUAAAAGUGAUAGAAUGUAACGUCCGAGUUUCCAGAUCUUUUCCAUUUGUUUCCAAGACAUUAGAUCAUGAUUUUGUAGCUAUGGCUACUAAACUAAUACUAGGCAUACCCGUAGAACCAAUAGAUGUUAUGUCUGGCUGUGGAAAAGUUGGUGUAAAGGUUCCACAAUUCUCAUUCUCCAGACUCUCAGGUGCAGAUGUCACCCUCGGAGUAGAAAUGGCAUCAACUGGCGAAGUAGCAUGCUUUGGUGAAAACCGUUAUGAAGCUUAUUUAAAGUCAUUAAUGAGUACAGGUUUCAAAAUACCAGAGAAAGCUAUUUUGUUAUCAGUUGGAACGUUCAAGCACAAAAUUGAACUUCUGCCUAGCGUGAGAACGCUACAACGAAUGGGAUAUAAAUUAUAUGCUAGUAUGGGUACCGGCGAUUUCUACACGGAACACGGAAUCGAGAUUGAAAGUGUUCAGUGGACAUUUGAUCACAUCGGAGAUCCAGAAGAUGCCAGGUCCGAUGGUGAGCUGAUGCACUUGGCUGAUUUCAUGGCAAGACGUCAACUGGACUUGGUGAUAAAUUUACCUAUGCGAGGAGGCGCUCGCCGUGUUUCAUCGUUUAGUACCCACGGCUACCGUACACGGCGCUUGGCUGUGGAUUAUGCGGUCCCCUUAGUCACCGAUGUAAAAUGUGCUAAACUACUCGUGAAGGCUAUGCAGCAAUGUGGCGGAGUCCCUCAUAUGAAAACACAUACAGAUUGUAUGACUUCCCGUAAUAUAUUAAAGUUACCUGGUUUCAUUGACGUACACGUUCAUGUUCGUGAGCCUGGUGCGACUUAUAAAGAAGAUUUCAAUUCCUGCACAGCCGCUGCUCUCGCUGGUGGUAUCACUAUGAUUUGUGCUAUGCCAAAUACUUAUCCCCCAGUGAUUGAUCGCAGUGCUUUUGAUUACGUUUCUGCACUUGCUCGUGUAAGUGCACGUUGCGAUUACGCCUUAUAUGUUGGAGCUUCGUCAACUAAUUUUGAAACAAUAAAUGAAAUUGCACCACAAGCCUUAUCAUUGAAAAUGUAUCUCAAUCAGACAUUUUCUACUUUAACUCUUGAUGAUAUGACUAUAUGGCAGCAACAUUUACAAAACUGGCCUAAGAAAAUACCAGUGUGUGCACAUGCAGAAAGAGAGAAGACCGGCGCAGUCAUUUUAAUGGCAUCCUUAUUAGAUCGACCUAUACAUAUCUGUCAUUUAGCAAGAAAAGAAGAAAUUUUAAUUGUAAAGGCUGCCAAAGAAAGAGGACUCAAAGUAACGUGUGAAGUAUGCCCUCAUCAUUUGUUUUUAAGUACAGCUGAUAUUGAUCGCAUUGGAAAAGGACGUGCCGAGGUACGACCUGUUUUAUGUAGCCCUGAAGACCAAGCAGCGUUAUGGAAAAAUUUGGACGUUAUUGAUAUUUUUGCAACAGAUCACGCACCUCAUGCGCUAGAGGAAAAGAAUUCAGAAUCGCCACCACCAGGGUUUCCUGGCUUGGAAACUAUUUUACCAUUAUUAUUAAAUGCAGUACAUGAAGGUCGAUUAACUAUGGAAGAUCUUAUUAAUAAAUUUCAUAAAAAUCCUCGCAAAAUAUUUAACCUGCCAGAACAACCAAACACUUAUGUUGAAGUAGACAUGGAUUAUGAAUGGACUAUUCCAGAUGCCAUGGAAUUCACAAAAUCGAAAUGGACACCUUUUUCAGGAAUGCAAGUAUGUGGUGCUAUCCAUCGAGUAACUUUGCGAGGAGAAAUCGCUUACGUUGAAGGUCAAGUUCUUGUUCCUCCUGGUUUCGGACAAAAUGUAAGAGAUUGGCCUGUGCCUAAAAAACAAAUAUUCCCAUCAUAUUCCGUUGAAAAAAUGGAAAAGGAGUCAAGUCGUCCAAAUUCCGCUCUUGAUUUUAACUAUUCCGGGGAGAUAAGUCGAUUAAAUGAGUUUGAUGUAGAUCAAGUCGAGACAAAACCAGAAGCCCAAAAUAAGUUAAAUGUUCAUUUCAAUGAAAUGGCUGCGUUAAGAAGUACGUCUCCGUUACCAUCACAAAACUUAAUUCGUCAAAGGUGUGAUAGUACUUCAAAUUACAAUCCUGCUCAAACCACUGUCACUCAUCGCCAACGCAGUGAUUUAUACGGGAAAAGUAUUCUAUCAGUGGACUCUUUCAACAAAGAAACUUUGAAUGAUAUAUUUAAUCUAGCACAAUUCAUGAAAACUAAUGUAUCUAAAAGUCGUUUAGUAGAUGAUAUUUUACGAGGAAAAGUCAUGGCUUCAGUAUUCUAUGAAGUAAGCACCCGAACAAGCUGUAGUUUUGCAGCUGCUAUGCAGAGACUAGGUGGAUCAGUAAUUCAUACUGAUGCUACAAGUUCGUCCGCCAAGAAAGGUGAAACACUAGAGGAUAGUGUAGCAGUAAUGGCUAGCUACUCGGAUGUAGUUGUCUUACGUCACCCAGAACCUGGUGCAGUAGCGAAAGCUGCUCGACACUGUCGAAAACCGAUUAUAAAUGCCGGAGAUGGUAUCGGUGAACAUCCUACGCAAGCGUUACUCGAUAUAUUUACAAUAAGAGAAGAAAUUGGUACCGUCAAUGGUCUUACCAUAACAAUGGUUGGAGAUUUAAAGAAUGGACGCACUGUUCACUCUCUAGCCCGACUUUUGACAUUAUAUCAAGUUCAACUACAAUACGUUAGUCCCCCGGGCCUAGGCAUGCCCAAACACAUCAUGCAAUACAUAGCAGAUAAAGGAGUACCACAACGAGUUUACGAACGCUUAGAAGAUGUAUUGGCAGACACUCACGUCCUAUAUAUGACCAGGAUUCAACGAGAACGAUUUGAAAGUCAAGAAGAAUAUGAAAAAACUCGCGGUUUACUAGUUGUGACACCUCAACUGAUGACCCGCGCACGCCGCCGCAUGGUGGUUAUGCACCCGCUCCCUCGGGUCGACGAAAUUUCAUCAGAGUUUGAUUCCGAUCCUAGAGCCGCCUACUUUAGACAAGCUGAGUACGGGAUGUAUGUCCGGAUGGCACUUCUUGCCAUGGUGGCUGGAGUUAACCCGCUUAUAUGAUUCCUUCCAUUGUUAUAAUUCCAAACCACAGAAGUUUAAAAAUAUUACAUGCAUACAUAUAAUCAUGUCUUUAUCCCUUACGAAGUAGACAGAGGCAACAAUCUCGAAAAGACUGGAAGGCCCAUUUUUAAUGGCUAACGAUAGAAUUGAGAUUAAAAUAGUGACAGGUUGCUAGCUCAACGCCUGAUAGAAGAAUCCCGAACUAAGUACCCUGUUUAUAAACAUUUCUUUGUAUUCUGUGAUUUUAUGAUGGAAUUGAACAUUUUAUUUUCUAAAUAAAAAGAUUUUUUAAUAAAAUU